AUGAAAAAAAAGAAAAGAAAAAUUGAAAUUGUUUUUGAUUCAGAGGCUAGGCGAAAAUACUUAACUGGGUUUCAUAAAAGAAAGGUUGAGCGGCGAAAAAAAGCAGAAGAAUUCAUUAAACAACGAAAGAAAAAUGAAAGACUUAGAAUGAAGAAAGAGAAUAAAGAAAAAAAGAAUAUUUUAAUUCAAAGCUUUGUUGAAUCUAAUUGUUUAACACAAGAUAAUACCGCUCGGGAUUUUUCUAAGAGUUUUGAUAUUAAAGACGAGUUUAAAAAGCAUAAUGUUCGUAUUUUUCAGAAUAAAUAUGAUGAUCAGAGUUGUACAACUGUUACUAUUACUGAGGAUUUGAGUUAA